AUGUCUGCGCCGUGGAUUCACUUGGCAUUGGUUGGCAUUCUCAGCACCAGUGUGCUAGGAGCUCCGUAUAAUAAUUACAAUGGAGAAACAGAUCUUGAGCUUACGGCUGGUUACUUCCAAGGCGAUAUGGAAGUAGACUUUGAGCGGAAUGGCCAGCUGAGCGAAACACGUCGCUGGCCCAAUGGAACAGUUCCCUAUAGGAUAGAAGAGGGAUUCGAUGCUCCCCAAGUGGCAUAUAUUGAGCUGGGAAUGAAGAUUAUUGAGCGAUCGUCUUGCAUUCGCUUCGUGCCCGCCGACGAGCUGGAAGAAAACUAUCUUUUCGUAAUUACCUCGACGUCAGGAUGUAGCUCGAAGGUUGGCUACCAGCCUGGCGAAAGAACUGUCAAGCUGAAGCCGGGUGAGCUGGACACGGGCUGCUUCAAGCUGGGAACCAUCCAACACGAGCUGCUCCACACUCUGGGCUUCCACCAUCAGCAGUGCUCCCCAGAUCGAGACGACUUUGUGAGGAUUGUGGAGGAGAAUAUCUCUGAAGGCCAUGCUAAAAACUUUGUCAAGUACGAGGAUACAGAAGUUGGCGACUUCGAUCAGCCCUAUGACUAUGGUAGUAUAUUACAUUAUAGUUCAUUGGCCUUCUCUGUCAAUGGCGAGCCGACCAUUGUUGCCAUUCAGCCGGAGGGACAGUCUUUGAUGGGGCAACGCCUCACAAUGAGUACAACUGAUAUUCAACGCCUGAAUACCAUGUACAAAUGUCCUAUUCAAUUGUAAAAUUCUAUAAUAAAUAUUCUGUUGGGUCU